AUGUGUAAACUACCGUGUCACGUGCAUCAGGCAGGGAGCUCGGGAUUCAAGUCGUAUGGAGGUGGCGGCUGGUGCGGGGCAGUGGGAGCCCUUAGAAGAGGCGGGAGGUGGCGUUUCCCGCGGGAGCCCAGGGGACAGCGGUCAUGUCUCCCAAAGUCAAAGCGCCUGCAGCGGCGCCUCACUGGGGCUCCUGGCUGACGAGGAACUGGUCGCCACAGAGUCAUGUGACGACGGAAGAUCCACAGCGGCUCAGCUGUCCACUUACCUCCUCCCUGCGCAGCAGAGCUCUGAGAUUGAGAACUUGGAAAAGAGCUUGGAAGAUUUACUUGUGAGAGUGGAUGAGUUUGUUGGGAUGUUGGAUAUGAUUAGAAAUGACACUUCUCAAGUGGUUAAUGAAAAAGUGCCUCAGAUUUACACUAAAGCUGCAGAAAUGAGAAAAUUGUACCAGAAAAUAGACUUGCUUGAGGCCUUUGUGAAGAGAGUUGGAAGUAAUGUUGCACAGAUGGAGGAACAGGUUACACAGGCUGAAACCAACCUUGGGACAUUCCCUAAUCCACUUAAGAAAAUCUUCCAGAAUUUCAGUUCUUCCCCUCUCUUUUCUCCUUCUAAAGCAGCAUCUUCUCAGAGAACUCAGCCAGCAAGAUACGAGCCUCCCACAGUGUUCAGAACCGAAGACUACUUCCCAGGCAGCAGCUGAGCAGCAGAAGACUGGAACUGUUCCGGCUUAUAUUCGGGGCAUUGCCACAGGCAAUACAGCACUGCACUUUUUACAUCAGACUGAUCACUGUUACACACUAGUCUUCCUGAUAGACUUUCUUGAAAAAAGUUUUAAUUUUGUAUAUGAAAAAAACCCUCCGACCAGCAAGGAAAGGGUGCUCCUACUGCAAGAUCCACCCAAUCUUAGAAAUAACUUAAUAUAAUAUACUUAACUUUAAUUUUGUAUAUACUGUAAUAUCAGAGUCUUCCAUUAAAAUCAGUAUUGGUUAUAGUU